AUCGUUGAUCCAUUCGGCUACUAACGCGACUUGGAUUUAAAUAGCGGCGUUAUAACCUUUGCAAACUCAUAUCGUCUGCGAUUGACGUUGAGCUCGUAUCGUGAACAGUGCUUUUUUAUCGGUUCAGUUAACGUUCAAGAAAGGCAAAAAAACGAAAAGAAAAUUUUUAACAGUGAAUCAGUUUCAUUUUUUCAAAAUGCGCUUAUUUAUAUUUCUGUGUGCAUUAACGGCCUACACGAUGGCUGCAGCUGUUGACAAGCAAGUUUCACCUCUUCAGGCUGUCACCAACAGUGCCGAACAAUUUUCCACACACUUUUACAAGACAGUAGCGAAAAAACAACCAGGAAAUCUAAUUACUUCCCCAUUAAGUGCAAAUGUCGUCCUAUCAAUGGCAGCCUUUGGUGCUAAGGAGAACACCAAAAAGCAAAUGCAAGAAGUUCUUCGAAUGCCAGCUGAUGAGGGUCUCUCAAAGACCGGCUACCAAAACCUGAUCGACAGUCUAAACAGUGUCAAAGAAGUGGAUUUAAAACUCGCCAACAAAAUCUUCCCCAGUGUUAAUCUCGAAGUAAAACCAGAAUUUAAAGCUCUAACGAAGGAUAAUUUCCGUUCUGAAGAACAACAAGUCGACUUCUCGAAAUCCAGUGAAGCAGCAAAAACCAUUAAUACUUGGUGUGAGGAAAAGACCAACAAGAAAAUUAAAGAUCUCAUUAAACCCGAUGAUGUUGAUGCUAGCACUGCUAUGGUUCUCGUUAAUGCCGUCUACUUCAAAGGACAAUGGAAAUUGAAGUUCGAUGCAAACAACACCCACAACAAGCCUUUCCAUGUUGAUGAAAAAACUGUCAAGGACGUGCCAACAAUGUACAAAAAUGGCAAACUCGUUUAUGGUGAACUCCCUGAAAUGAAGGCGAAGUUCGUCGAAAUUCCAUACAAGGGUGAUGAAGUUAGCAUGCUCAUUAUUUUGCCCGAUGAAAUCAAUGGUCUUCAAGAAGUGGAACAAAAAAUGUCUGAAAUGAGCCUUGAUGACAUUAGACGUAGAGGAUCUCAAGUUGAAGUAGAAUUAUACCUUCCAAAAUUCAAAAUUGAAAGCACCAUUGAUCUUAAGGACACUUUGACUGAGAUGGGAAUGGGAGAAAUGUUUACCGACCAAGCUAAUUUCCGUAACAUUGCUGACGCUGAUCUUAAAGUGAGUAAAGUUGUGCAAAAAGCCUUCAUUGAAGUAAACGAAGAAGGAUCAGAGGCUGCCGCAGCAACUGCAGAUAUUACAGAAACGGAUUCUAUUCAAAUUCCCAUUCAAUUUACAGUAAAUAAAACAUUUUUAUACUGUAUUAUGGAAGGAAGAUAUCAAAUUUCUCUAUUUCAAGGUCGCAUUACGAAACCUUGCGAUUAAAAUAAGCUGCUUCCUAAUUUAUUCAAGAAGAUUAUGAUAUAAAGAUUUAUUGUUGCUAUAUAUGUCACAAAUUGCCUAUAUACUGAUUUUUUUAAAAUCAAAAAUGGUCAACAUUGUUACAAAAAAAGUCACAAAUAAUGUUAAGAAAAAAAAUACAAAUAAAAGAUUUCAUCUUUAUUUAUUUAUCUCGAUAAAAGAGUAAGGAGAAUUUCUGCAUUAGUUCAAAUAAAUUCAAGUUUAUACUAUUAUUAUAAUAUUAAUUAUUAUAUAUUAUUAUACUAAUUAUUAUAUUAUUAUAUCUAUUUAUUAUUAAUAUUCAAAUAAUUAAAGGGAACUUUUGUUUAGCAUUUUAAUCUACAAUUAUAAAAAUAGAACUGGUAUACAUGACAUUUAUAGGGAAUUGUUUAGGACUUUUUGAUCUUAAAAAUGUUUGUAGAAGGAAGCGAAACAAGAAUCAUGAACUUUUAGAAGUUUGCCAUUUCAUUUAAAAGUAAAAAAUAUUAUAUUUAUGUGAUUCAUCAAUGUAAAUAUGAAUAUGUAUAUUAAUUAGUAUUCAGUGCAUAAUUAAUUUGACAUUAAUUAAGUUACCAUGUACGUUUAUUUAUAUUUUAUGCUUUGAAAAAUAAAUGCAUUUCAACAAUGCCACUGAAAAA